GGUGGAGGCUGGGCUGGUGUCUGUUCCUGGAAUGGGCCAGGAGGGAGGAGCAAGCGGAAGGGGACGGUGUGUUGGUCGGCUGGCCCAGGCGCCGAGAGAAGAGGGUCCCUCCUCCGGUGGCCAGUUUGGGCACCCUGGGACUGUGGCUGCAGGCAUGGCAGACUCUGCGGAGACCCGGAAGCUGGUGUACCUGGUCACAGGUGGCUGCGGCUUCCUAGGGGAGCAUGUGGUGCGGAUGCUACUGCAGCGGGAACCCCGGCUCUAUGAGCUGCGGGUCUUUGACCUGCACCUGGGUCCCUGGCUGGAGGAGCUGAAGACAGGGCCCGUGCAGGUGACCGCCAUCCAGGGGGAUGUGACCCAGGCCCAUGAGGUGGCAGCGGCUGUAGCUGGAGCCCACGUGGUCAUCCACACAGCUGGGCUGGUGGAUGUGUUUGGGAGGGCCAGUCCUGAGACCAUCUAUGAGGUCAACGUCCAGGGCACAAAAAACGUGAUUGAGGCUUGUGUGCAGACUGGAACACGGUUCCUGGUCUACACGAGCAGCAUGGAAGUUGUGGGGCCCAAUAUCAAAGGCCACCCCUUCUACAGGGGCAAUGAAGACACCCCAUAUGAAGCAAUACACAGACACCCUUACCCUUGCAGCAAGGCCCAAGCUGAACGGCUGGUCCUGGAAGCCAAUGGAAGGAAGGUCCAUGGGGGACUGUCCUUGGUGACAUGUGCCCUGCGUCCCACUGGCAUCUACGGCGAAGGCCACCAGAUCAUGAGGGACUUCUACCACCAGGGCCUUCGUCUGGGGGGUCGGCUCUUCCGGGCCAUCCCAGCCUCUGUGGAGCACAGCCGGGUCUAUGUGGGCAAUGUGGCCUGGAUGCACGUGCUGGUAGCCCAAGAGCUGGAGCAGCGAGCUGCGCUGAUGGGCGGCCAGGUGUACUUCUGCUAUGACGAAUCACCCUAUAAGAGCUACGAGGACUUCAACAUGGAGUUCCUGGGCCCCUGUGGGCUGCGGCUGGUGGACACCCGCCUGCUGGUGCCCUACUGGCUGCUGAUGCUCCUGGCUACUCUCAAUGCCCUGCUGCAGUGGCUGCUGCGGCCACUGCUGCUCUACGCCCCCCUGCUCAACCCCUACACGCUGGCCGUGGCCAACACCACCUUCACCGUGAGCACCGACAAAGCCCAGCGCCAUUUCGGCUACAAGCCCCUAUUCUCGUGGGAGGACAGCCGGACCCGCACCAUCCGCUGGGUACAGGCCGUGGAGGGUUCAGCCCCUUAGCAGUGGAGCUGGGGCCCUGGAGCCCAGCAUGGCACAUCCAUCCAGGUGUGACCCUCAGGCCUGGAUUCAGAGUGAAGAUACUUUCUGGCUCCUGUCACCACCUUUGGCCCUCCCUCAGGGAUCACAGUCCCAUUAUUUUCAAACAUUGAUCACCUUUGGACAGCUCUUUUCAAUGAAGCCUACGCAAAUCUGUGUAUUUUCCCUUCUUCCCACCCCUCCACCCAAAUUAGUUCCUGCAGUAAUGUUCGAUCUCGGCCUGAGGAUGCCCUGGUAAUGAUGUACCUGGCCAAGCCCUAGAUUAAAGUUCCUUAUCCAA